UAAGGCGCAGAAUGAAAGCGGAUCGAGUCUGUGUUAGUAAAUACGAGCGUGUUCAAGCGUGAAGACGGAAUAAAACAACACUGACACAAUAAACGGAAUAAAAACAGCACUCGGCAGACACAUUCGCGCGCUGGCGGGCUGUUUCGGUGACUCCUCUGAUGGAGGAUGAGGAGGACGAACACCUUCCUCACUGCUGUGAAACGCCAUUAAGAAACAAGAGCCCAGAGAACAGAGACGCCUCGCGUCGAGAGGUAGGACAGUCAACUAACCGACACGGACAUUUUGAAGACAGAUCAACUCAAACUGCGACCUCUGUCCAGAACUCAGGGAGAGCUGGAGAUAUGGCACCAUUCCAGAGGUCUGUAGCGGAGACAUCAUCAACUCCCUGUGGAAAUGUGAAUGCCAGGACUGCAUUCAGGGCUAAUUGUGGAAUUGGGGGCCUUGCGUCAAUUACUGCAGCCCCAGGGGCUCCGGAAGAGCCAAGAGCACUUUUUCAUGGAAAUGCUGGUUUUCGCGCCCACUUCCCUGCCCUGUUCGAAACCGACCCGGAUGGCGCACCAAACACAGAACGCAGAGCGGCGGACGAAAUGAGGCAAGAAGAAAAAGAAGAUGAAAGCGUGGAGGGAAUUAGCGUGGAAAUUCAGAUUGGACGUAAAUUACGAGAAAUGGGUGAUCAGUUUCAGCAGGAACAUCUUCAGCUGUUUACUCAACACCACAGGGGCCAGUUAGGUUGGUUCCACCUAGUGACUUCACUGUACAACUUCCUAUUUCCACAAGGAGGGCCCCAAAAUGCAAGAGCCCAGAGAUGAGGGGGCCACAGCACCGGUUCAGGACACAAAUGAGUUUCACGCAGCAUUGCCAGAUCUAGACUUUGCACAGAUAUGGAUUAUAUGGCUCAAAAACAAUAUAAAAAAGAAGCGAGUUGCCGCUGGCCGGAGACUUCCCGACUUUUUCAAAGAAGCCAUUCUCAAAAUGGAGCGUUGGAGAAAAUUUGAUAGAUUCUGCAGGUUGCAUAUCAAUGUUAAGAUAUUCAGAUUUCUGCCUUAUAUUUCCCCAGCACAUCUUCACGUAUGAGCAAAUCUCAGUGCAGUGGAUGCCUUAAUGAAACUCUCAGAAGAAAGAAGAUCUGCUUUAACAGGCAAUGAGCUGUGAGAAUACCGAAGAGGUCCACAGUAAUGUGUGUGUUUGAGUAUUUGUGCUGAAAUAACUACAUAUAAUGCAUUCUUGAGUUUUUUCUGCUGGUUUAGCAGGGCUCAUGUUUGAUUCCUGUCAACAUGACGGUUAUCAGUGUUAUAGGGACAGAGUUGAAGCACUUUUCUCAUUAUCAACGGAGGCCUGUUGUCGUUACCAAGGCGUUUGUUCAUCCAUACGCAUGCUUCGUAAAGGACUGAUGCACAGAACUUAAAACAAUGAAAUAUUUGUUGAAAUAAAGAUAAAAACUUGAAGAUCGGGUUUUACUAUAUCAAUAUUGAGCCAUUUCUUAAAGUGUUUGCAUUCAAGAGAAAUAUGAAUUUUCUGAUAAAAACAUGUUGGAUUUGCUGCAGAAGAUAAUGUUUUCUUGUUAAGAAAGAUUGUUCCACAAAUUAGUGAAUUCACAGGUGAAAAACUUUUGAAAUAUCAAUUUGCCCUAAUGAAUUUCUUGUUCUCUUAAAGACCCCAUGAAAUCACUUGACGAGAAUUUCAUUCUAAGACACAGAGUCCAUGAGUGCAAGAUGAGUCAUCAAUAUUUUCGCUCCAUUUCCCCAGAAAAGAAAUACUGUAAUUUUUACGUUUAAUGUGUACACCUACUGAAAGUUUAUUAUAAGUCAACUUUUAGGAGCACACUAGCUUAUAAAUGGUUUCGAAGCCAUAAAAUUCCAAUUUCAUGGGGUCUUUACUGUAUUUACUGUCUCAUAUUACAAACCUUUGAUAUCAAUAUAAAUUACAUAAUGAAAAUUGCAAAAAUGAUUUCUCUCAGGCACUGAGAUAAUAGUUUAAUCUUUUACAGUUUAACCCAAGCGAUAAAUGCAAUCACUAAUAUCUGUCAAAUCUGCAAAUAUUAAAAAGUUACUUUUUUCCUUUAAUGACAACCUAAAGUUGUAUAUGUUUGUAUAUAGCAAUCACUGAUUAUUACAAAGAGGAUUUUAUAACUGUAAAGGUCUUAGAGGGAAAGUGUCCUCGUACAGAUGGCAUAAAUAUGCUUAUAUGAUGAGGAUGAUAAUCAACUCUGAUGUAGAUUUCAGAGCACUCAGUGAGAUGGCCCAGUGACUGGCACAUGAUCUGGUGUUGAUGUUAAUAUUUUAGUUUGUAUAUGAUUAAUGAUAAACUGGGAGACGAUUUAUUUUCCAUAUAUAUCUUUGUUAACUCAUAUUGUAAAGGGAACUUAUUAUAAAUAUGAGAUUAAUAACACUUUAAGUUAUUAAAAUAUAUAUUCAAUUCCUAGUUUCUUAAAGGUGAAGCGUGUAAUUUCUGGGCCUCUAUAGCCACCCCAAACGGAAUGGCCAAAAUAAGUAGAUAGGUAAAAUUUGUCAGACAAACGUUGAUGUUUGCUUGACAAAGCCCUAUCUGAAAGUUUGAAACUAGUUUUGAAAUACUGAAGCUUGAUGGUUAUACAGACAUUGCAAUAGGUGAAAUGGCCAGCUAGCUAGCUAGAUAAGUUAUCAGACAGACUGUCAACAUAGAUUAUCAGAUAAACCAAUAGAUAGAUAGGGAACAACUUAAAGCAGAUCAAAGGCCUUUUGUUACAUUUGAAUAUUUUGACAUUCCGUUGGUCUGUUUGAACAUUCCGUCAAUGUAAGUCUUUGGGAUUUUUCCGAUUUUUGAUUGUCCGCUGUUUGACAGCCGUAAGUCCAAUCAGUUAGAAAACACAAAGCACACUAAGUCAGAACAGUCUGAAGGUAUGUACCAAGAUUUGUGGAUGUAGCUUGAAAGCUCUAGUUGGAGUUAGUGUUAGAAAUUUUGGUUUCAGUUUAGGGAUUUAAAAAAAUAAAAAAUAAAUGCUAAACCAAUUUGAUAGAAUAACAGUAUGUUGGCUUUGUCAAGCCAACAUAAUGAUCGACACUUCCCCUGUCUAACAUUGAUCAGAUAAACAGAUAGCCGUGCCCUAAACACACCACUGGUUGAGCCCAUGUUACUUUGUCAGGCUGGUUGGGUAGAUCCAGUGUUUACGCACUUCACCUUUAAAUGCUUUCUUUGUGGUACAAUCAAAUGAGGUGCCUGUACUUUGCAGUUUACAACUUUAUAUAGUUUGCUUGUGCAUUAUCUACAAAAAGAGAAGUUUAUGACAUUUUAAUGUUGUCUAUGAUUCCAGCAUAAGGCGAAACCUUCAAAUCAUGUCUUAAUUUCCUCUGCAACUAUUUCAAGAUCAUGUUGUUUCCUGAAAACACAUUCCACAGAGGUGAAUUCCAGUGCUGUGACAUUAUUGUCCUGUUGUUCUUUUGACGGGUGUGCCUGUUAUGCUUGUGUAUUGGUGACAUUGACACUUGCAGACAAUCAAACAGCUGAAGGUGCCUUAGAACAGCAGGCCAACAAAGAUUUCAUAUCACCAUUACGCUGGGCUUCGGUCAUCAUGAGUACUCAAAUAGAUCCAAAUGCUGUUAACAGUUCAUAAGUCGAGGCAGACAUGUAUUGCAGCUGGUGUGUUAACAAAUUUUGCAAAUACAAAAAUACCUCCAGCUAAAAAACAGGGAGCUUGAACAGACUAUCAAAGAUUUACGUGCCAACAGAACAGAUCUAUUGCAGGAAAAAAGCUGCUGCUGCCUCUUUAUCUGAAAUGCCCUUUCAAAUGCACUUGUCUCAUAAAAAUGUGUCAAAGGAGUAUAAACACUGAGCUGUUUUUAUUUUUAUUUGGAAUGUGUACGGGACAUUCCUGCUGGUUCUUUUUUAAUCUUGCUACUUAAAAUAAUUUGAUAAAUGCACAAUUCUCAUAGUAAAUGCUGUUAGAGAAAUUAGAUUUUUUUUCUUCCAUAAAUGCUGUUAUACAAGUGCUGACACUUUUCUGCAAUGUUCACUGCAUUAAAAUAUUUAUGGAUACUCA